AUGAUUUUUAGAUUUGGUGUUCCACAUAAGAUUGUGAUUGACAUUGCAGUUGCUUUCUCCUCUUAUGAGGUAACUCAGUUUUUCUUUGAAUUUGGUAUCAUAUUAGCUCAUUCUUCCGAUUACUACCCUCAAAGUAAUGGUCAAGCAGAAUCAAGUAAUAAGAACCUGGUUACUAUUAUACACAAGCUUGUUGAAGAGAAUCAAAGGUCUAGGCAUAAAGCUCUUUAUGAUUAUUUAUGGGAAAACAAGAUUACACCCAAAAGAGCUAUUGAUAUGUCACCAUUUCAGCUUCUUUAUGUGAUGAAUGCAGAAAUAUCCAUCACUUUAGAGCUUCCUGCCCUAAAGUUAGCUAAGGAAAUUGAAGAUGAUACUUUUGAAAGUGCCUUGGACAAGAGGAUAAUGUUUCUCUCUUAG